CAAAGGGGGGUGUUGUAUACCAGUACCUUUCGUUACGGAACAUUGGACUUGUAUCUCAACAACUACCAUCGUCAUGUAUCAGUAGCGGUGUGUGUGAACGCCCCCUAUCGUUGACAUACACCUGGGAAGGUAUGAUGUUCUCACGGCGUAUAAGUAUUCCCACAGUCGACGAUGAAUUCAUCCAUUUUCCUUUCCCACAGACCACUACACUCAUACACUCCUACACACACCCUUUCUAGAGCCCCUCUCCAAUCACCAACUCUUACUAAGCGUAGUUUCGACAACACUGUACAACUUUCACAACGCAAUCAAGCAUCUCGCUUUACCACCUCAACCCAACCUUCACCAUGAGAUUCGCUAGCAUCAUCGCCGCUGUUCUCUCCACGGCCAUCACCUCAGUCCACGGGAAUCCCCAAGAACCCCAAGGCAGCGGCGGUCUCCCCGCUGGCUACAAGUUGGCCGACACCACCUGGUCCGGCAACAUCACGGCCAACGGGCCCAAGCUGACCUUCACCGGCUUCAGCAUGCAAGACAUCGAGUACCAAAUCCGGAAAGCCAACCCCAGCUUCCCGCUCGGCGGCAAGUCUGCUCUGGCCGUUCGCGCGGGGCCGAAGCUCGACUGCCAGCCGGCCGACUUCUGGUGGGCGCAGGUGUUCCGCAUACAGGAGGGGAUCGACUACCUGCACGGGAUCGAGGGGUCGUUCCACAUCGGCCCGGGGCCGCGGGUGUGCUCGCGCGUGUCGUGCAGCCACAAGAGCGCCAUCUACUUCUGCAACGACAACCCCCGCGACAUCUGGGUCGACGCCGACUACGUCGCCGACUACGCGCAGGACAUCGUCGACGCGUGCCAGACCUUCGAUGAUUCGGCGAGGGUCCGCGGGCAGCAGUUUGCGGCAGACUACUUCGACCCGAACAACUGGAACGUUAUUGUGGCGCUCGACUUUGACCACUGUUAAAUCGACAGCGGUUGUUGCUCUGCAUUCAUACCUACCUACCUACCUAGGUA